CGUAUAGGCUAUCAUAAGUUCAUAACACCACAUUCGGCGGAGAGAGAGAGAGAGAGAGGCCUCUUUAUUGUGGUUUUGUUUCUUCCGUAGAGCUACCUGUGUUUUGUAAAUUUGUACUUCUAAAACCCUCGCGAUUCAGUCUGAGUUGUACGUCUGAUAAAUCUCAUCGGAACCGCCAACCAUGAGCCGCUACGACAGCCGCUCCGGCGACCCCACUUCCUACCGUGACCGGAGAAGUGACUCGGGUUUCGGUGGCUCGGUUCGGUCGUCGUCGUCGAGCCGGAGAGACUACGACGGGGGAGAAUCGCCGAAAAAGUUUGACGUGGAUGGGUUGACUCCUUUUGAGAAGAACUUCUAUGUGGAAUCACCCUCAGUGGCUUCAAUGUCGGAGAGAGAAGUUGAGGAAUAUCGCCAAAGGAGGGAAAUCACUGUCGAAGGCCGUGAUGUCCCAAAACCUGUCAAGAAUUUUCGCGACGUUGGCUUUCCAGAUUAUGUUUUGCAAGAGAUAUCAAGAGCUGGGUUUGUUGAGCCUACGCCCAUUCAAGCUCAAGGAUGGCCAAUGGCUCUCAAAGGUCGGGAUCUCAUCGGCAUUGCGGAAACAGGCUCAGGAAAGACUCUUGCUUAUCUCUUGCCGGCGAUAGUCCAUGUCAAUGCCCAGCCAAUUCUAGCUCCUGGAGAUGGUCCAAUUGUGUUAGUCUUAGCUCCAACUCGUGAACUUGCCGUUCAAAUACAACAAGAGUCUACCAAGUUUGGUGCAUCUUCAAAGAUAAAAAGUACGUGCAUAUAUGGUGGGGUUCCAAAGGGACCUCAGGUUCGUGACCUCCAGAAAGGGGUUGAGAUUGUAAUUGCUACACCUGGUAGGUUGAUUGAUAUGAUGGAGUCACAUCAUACAAACUUGCGAAGGGUCACGUAUCUUGUCUUAGAUGAAGCUGAUCGGAUGCUGGACAUGGGUUUCGAUCCUCAGAUACGAAAAAUUGUUUCUCAGAUUCGCCCAGACCGUCAAACAUUGUACUGGAGUGCUACUUGGCCAAAGGAGGUUGAACAACUGGCAAGGCAGUUCCUCUAUAACCCAUACAAAGUGAUAAUAGGGUCUCCAGACUUGAAAGCGAAUCAUGCGAUUCGCCAGCAUGUUGACAUUAUUUCUGAAAAUCAGAAAUAUAACAAAUUAGUGAGGUUGCUGGAAGAUAUUAUGGAUGGCAGCAGGAUUCUAAUAUUCAUGGAUACCAAGAAAGGAUGUGAUCAGAUCACCCGACAACUUCGAAUGGAUGGUUGGCCUGCCCUCUCGAUUCAUGGAGACAAAAGUCAAGCAGAAAGGGAUUGGGUGCUCUCUGAGUUUAAAGCUGGCAAGAGCCCAAUAAUGACGGCAACAGAUGUCGCAGCUCGUGGUCUAGACGUGAAGGAUGUGAAAUAUGUUAUAAACUAUGACUUUCCGGGAUCUCUGGAGGACUAUGUUCACCGUAUCGGUCGAACUGGACGGGCAGGGGCUAAAGGAACAGCAUACACUUUCUUCACAGCUGCCAAUGCCAGAUUUGCAAAAGAUCUUAUUACCAUUCUUGAGGAAGCUGGACAGAAGGUCAGUCCCGAAUUGGCAGCAAUGGGGCGCGGUGCACCUCCUCCUCCUUCAGGUUAUGGGGGUUUUCGAGAUCGAGGCAGAGGUUAUGGUGGCAGUCGUCCGUGGAGCUAAUGGCGUAGAAAUUUGGGAUCAAUUCUUCCAUUUCAUGGUUUCUGACAUUGUAUUCAGCUUGGAAAAUUUCCAGAGAACUCGUAUGAAUCUAGAGGAUAGGUUUACAGAUACGUUUUCCCCGAUGGAUAUAAGUGCUUUUGUUUAGUUUUAAGUUUAUGGUUCAGAGACUGUAGAACUUGGGCUAGUUUGUAGCGGAAUGUGUAAGAUAAACAUUUGUUCAUAUAGUAUAACUGGUGAUUAAGAAGUAAAUUUAUUUCACAAACAAUUUUCAUUGUUGCCUAA